AAAUCUGUUUCAUCAUGUUAUGUUUCAACCAGAAUCAUCCUACAGUCAACUCAUCCCCCAGUCAAUUCGUCUCCGAUUUGGUCAUUUCGCCCCCUCGGCGAUUUCAAAUUGUAUUUCUUCACACAAAACCAGUUUAGUCCAGGAUGAGGCUGACAAGGUUAUAUUUAGGUUCAGUUAAACUGGCAAUGGACACAUACUUUAACCAUCUGAAUGGAGUUUUCUGUAUUUACAAACACACAGGCGUAUCAACAGAGAAAGCCAUCUUUAAUCUGAAAGACAGAAUUCUGAAAGGUUUGAAUAGCUUACCAGCCUAUGAUCAUGAAAUUGCAAAAUACUACAAGGAAAAGGAUACGUUAAAACAAGUUCAAGAUUGGUCGAGUGUUCCCAUGACCACUUCUAGUGUACCAGACACUGUCCAAGAUUAUUCUAAACACAAGCUAGUACUUGGUGAGAUGUUUCUAACAGAUGACAUAUAUCUAAAUUUCUUACAUGGAAUAAACAGAUACAGUUCUGGGGUAGUAGUAUGUGGUCUUGGGAAAGAAGGCAGGAAAUAUUUGGAGAUGAUUAAGAUGGCAAAAUAUCUGAGGGUCUAUCAUGUGAAAGGAAGGUUUGGUUAUGCUACUGAUAAUUUCUACACCGAUGGUAACUUUAUAGAACGGACCACAUAUGCUCAUAUAAACAAAGGCAAGCUGGACAGAGUGUGUAGUGCAGCACAGUCGGCUCAUCAGAGACUGAUGUUUGUGUGUGCAGGUGUGAAUCCCCACAGCCAGGAGGCUUAUGAGCUGGCCAGCCAGGGGCUUGUCAGGCCUGCUGAUGAUAACACCACACCUAUAUUGUAUGGAAUAAAAUGUAUUGAGUUCACACCUCCAGAUUUCACUCUAGAGGUUCAUGCAAUAAAUGAAGAUAGCGACUACCUCGCUCAACUUGUCCACGAUAUUGGCCUCCAGUUGAAAUCUACUGCAGUUUGUACCCAUAUACAUAGAAACAGAUAUGGCAUAUUCAAUCUGGAUCUCACACUUCUCAAAAAAGAAUGGAACAUUCAAGAAAUUGCGAAAAACAUUACAACUUGUCGGGCAUUAUUAACUCCAGAAAAUUUACUUACAAACAUACAGCUUACUACUGGCAAUAAUGAACAACAACUGGAUCUGCUCAGUGAAAGUGUACAAAAUGGAGAAGGACCAUCAAAAGACGAUAUUCUUAAAGAUAGAGCAAUGCAGGAGUUGGAUGAAUUACGUGAACAAUUCGUUAGAAGUGGGCACAAGUCAUUCAGUGAUAAAACUAAUAGCAAAUUGUCAAAUUUACAUAAAUUACAGGGAAAAGUAAAUGAACAAGGUGAUAGUUAAAAAAAAGUUAGUCAUAUUCAACUCACAGAUAUAAAGUUGCUUGGUACAUUGAAAGAAGUAUUUUAAAGCUGAUUUUUGAACAGAUUUCUUUAUCUUGUGUGAUAGACAUGUAUUUGCCUUGUUGAAAUAAUAAAAACCUGUUUCUUUUUA